AUCUUCAAAUUUAUGAGACGCUUGAAUAGCUCAAAUAUGGUGUAAAGUACCAAGAUAAAUCAACCCAGCCAUAUUAAUCAAACACUGCGAAGUCUACUGCAAUAUGCUGAAAUGAGGUUUAAACCCAUGAACCUCUACUUUAAUUCUUCUGGUAUGUCACUUGAGGUAAAAACACCAAGUUAAAUUAAUCCACCAUGUGUAUCUUAUACCGAGACCUCUACUGCAAUACGACCUGUUCAGGCGUGAAAGGAGAAUACUACGACCCAUCCAGUGGUGUAAUUUUGAUGCAGAGCAGAAAACUCAUACUACACAUCCUUAAAGCCCAGAACCCGGCCUGGCAGUUGGGAAAGAUAUCAAGCCCCUUGUGGGGAUACUGAUGGUCAAUGAAAAGGAAAGCUCUACAAAGUACAUUUUUCCUGCCAGUCUACUGGCCAAAUUGACUCGAGUGAAAAUGGACAGUACCCAGCAAUUGGUGACUGUAGUUCAGGAGAAUUUCCAGCUGGUUGCAAUUUGCUGCGAAUAUCUCCAGAAAUCAUAUACUAAACCAUCAAGAAGACAACCUGGCCACGGUACGGCGGGUGCCGGCUGGUGGUGACAUCUUGUCCCGUCCAUAACCUGGUGAUACUAGUU